GGGCAGGCCGGUGGCCGGCGCGCGGUGUCUCUAUGGAGCUUGCGGCCUCUGGGAUGAUCAUGGCGGACUUUGAUGCAAUUUACGAGGAAGAAGAAGACGAGGAACGAGCGCUGGAGGAGCAGCUUCUGAAGUAUGCGCCCGACCCGGUGGUAGUGCGAGGAUCAGGACACGUCACUGUGUUUGGAUUAAGCAACAAAUUUGAAUCAGAAUUCCCUUCAUCGUUAACAGGAAAGGUUGCACCAGAGGAAUUCAAGGCCAGCAUUAGCCGGGUUAACAGCUGUUUAAAGAAGAAUCUUCCUGUCAAUGUGCGAUGGCUGCUCUGUGGCUGCUUGUGCUGUUGCUGUACCUUGGGCUGCAGCAUGUGGCCAGUAAUUUGUCUCAGUAAACGAACACGAAGAUCGAUCGAGAAGUUAUUAGAAUGGGAAAACAAUAGGUUAUACCACAAGCUGUGCUUGCACUGGAGACUGAGCAAAAGGAAAUGUGAAACCAAUAACAUGAUGGAAUAUGUCAUCUUAAUAGAGUUUUUACCGAAGACGCCAAUAUUUCGACCAGACUAGCAACAGAUUUUGUUAACAGAGACUUGGUUCAAGUGUGUUGUCCUUCCAACGGUGCCUUGCUUGGUACUCCUAGUGAAGAUCAUCAGUCUCAGAGAUUCUUAAUGUUGUUAUCCAAUUUUUCAUGCCAAGUUUGUCCAUACUUUUUUGCUCAAAUUAACUUUUUUUCUAUAUAAUUCUCAAUUUGCAUUCCAAACCUUCCUCAUCUCAGUAGUUCACUUAGGAUGCUUAUCUUACUCUUCUUACCUUCCUCUCUGAUGAAGGGUCUAGGCCUGAAACAUCAGCUUUUGUACUCCUGAGAUGCUGCUUGGCCUGCUCUGUUCAUCCAGCUUCACACUUUUUGUUAUCUAUUAUGCUUAUCUUACUGUUCUCUUAUUUGGUUCUCACCACCCUCUUUUAAAAUGCUUCUAAUAGUCAUCGUGAUCCUUGAUGCCAAUUUCCUUUUGUACACAGCAACUUUACAGUGCUUACUAAAGUAAUGGUUCUACAAUUACUAAAAUAAUCAGCUAGGUAAUAAUGGCUGUCAUUCAUGCCACAUUUUUCCAGAGGCUUUUGGUAAAACUUAAAAUUACUGGUUGGAUUUAUUAAAAAAAUCAGAUUCUGUCCAUAUUGUCUACACAGUAUGUGCAGAACAAACAGAAGAACCUGCUUUGCGCUAUGUUAUUCUCUCAUUUUACUUUAGCGCACCACUUUUUUUUAUUUGUCCUUUUAAAUUUGAACUUGAGACCAACAGUGCACAUACACACAAACACGUUCUACCAUGGCUGUGGAAGUACAACAUUCAUAUGAAGAAAACAGAAGAAAUAAGGUCAAUUCGCUCUGCCUUCAGGCUAAACAUUGAACUCAGAACAAACCGGCUGCAGUACCUUGAAAUAAUAUUGUAACAAAAUCAGAUGAAGGCCUUUGCAUGCAUUGUGUGGUUCAUGUGAAGCUGGGACCAUGGAAAAUGCAGCAGUAUCACAGCCAGAAAAUGGAUACUUUUUUCAGGUAGCUGCCAUAAAUUGUGGCUUUAACAACUUCUGUUACUUUAUUUGUUUACUUUUUUUUCUGUACAGUUUUUAGAUUUACAUAUAGAUGUGUUUAUUUGCUGUAUAGAUGUUAACAAAUUAUUCAGAUGUGUAUAUUGUAUAGAUUUUUAGAUUAGAUCCUUUUUUAAAAAUGUUUGCAACUCAGAUAAUGGAACUUUUGAGUGCAUUCAAAGAGGUGCUCCUUUCCAUUCAGUUCACUGAAUACUAUGAGGAGUCAUGGUGCAGGUUGGAGUUUCAUUUUUUAUCUUUUUUUUAAAUUAUAGGUUUGCUCAGACUUUUAGAAAGUCAGUUAUUUCACAGAAGUUGACCCUUGUUUUAAGAGUCAAUUUUUAUUGUUAAAACAAAAUCUGGAAGAUUAGGGAUUAUCUUCGAAAUUAAAUUCACAUAUGUUGGGUUAGCACCUUUGCCUGCCGGUUUUAAAAAAAAACUGUUAUCUAUCUCUUGCAUUUGUUCAGAAUAUCCCACAAUGAAGUUCAGUUUGUGAAAUAUAUGAAGAUUGAAUUAUUACAUUUGAUCAGAUAUGUUACCUUUCAAUCAUCUAUAAAUUCAGAAUUACAAAAAGCUUCUAUAGUUGACUUGAAAUUUUUUGCUGUAGGUGAUAAUGUAAUACUAUCCUAGGCCGUAUCCUAGUACUCUAAUUUUACAUACCAUUCCAAAGUACGGAGUAAGGGAAAACAUCAGGAUCUCCCUUAACAUUCCUUUUCAUUUUGUGUUUUUAAAACAAGCUUUUUCAUUCUGCUCUGAUAGAGCGGAGAAGAUAUUAUGUUUCCCUCUUGUGCAAAUGUUAUAAUAACCUGACAGACCAAAGGCAAUGGGAGUUUUGUUUGAUAGCAGUUUGGUAAUUUUUGAUUUGUUCUCUUUUUAUAGCAAAAUAUGUCACCCAUUUAUUGUAACCUGGGAUCAGUACUACCUAGUCAAUUCAUUAAUUAUGUAUCAUUCUAUAAGCAAUAAUGUUUCUGUGGAAGUAUGAUCUGCCACCAGCUAAUCACCUUUUAUUGCUGGCUAAUUGUUUCAGUCAGAUCGUAUGCAUGUUCAGAUGUUAUGUUUGCUGUUUAUAUUGCAUUUAUAUCGGUUUGUGCUCAUGGUUUACUUCAAAUUCACUUAGAUUAUCUUGCUGCAAGUGACUCUCUAAGGGCAAUGUACACAGAAUUCCUACAAAUGGCUGAAUGAGAGCAAGUUAUUUCCGAAAUAAAAGACACUGGUCAGAAAUAUUUAACUUUGUAAUAUUAAUGUUACUUUAUCUUAACUAUGAAUACAAAUUUUUGUGAUUUCAUCAAAGUAUUAGAACACACAUCUCUGUUCAUGGGAAAUCAAGCACUCUAUUAUUAUAAUUACAUCAAUCUUUGUGUUGGAUUGAAUUUCAUCACUUGUUUGUUCGUGGGCCUGUGGCUUGUUAUCUCCGUGCUUGAAUGUUAUAUCUUGCAGAAGAACCAAAUUGUUAAAAACACUUUAUCCAGCUAAAUCUUGGUAGACACAUCAAUGACAGGUAUGGAGUGCUCUGGUACUUAGUCUAAUCCAUCAACUUGCUGAAAAAGACUAAAUAUUAAUAAAAGGAAUAUAUACGUGCACACACUGAUAUUAAAUAAUUUGCCUUUCAUAUUUUAUCUCUUAACAGUCCCUAACAAUCACUCAUGAUUAGUGUUCUAACCAUGGUUGAAUAGCAGAGUUUCUGUAUACAUACUGCAUACACUUGAGUAAUAUGAGGCACAAUUUUCUUUUGAAUUGGCCAAAAUCUAGUUUUGCUAUGAGUUAUUAUUUAACAAAAGUUUAUGAAACAACCGCUUUCUAGUUGUACAUUAAAUCUAUUUAAUCAUCUUUAUAGUAUAGGGAUUGUGUAACUACAGUAAGCUUUUAAAUCCCUCAAUGUGCUGUACGUUGGCAAUGUUCAGUAGCUAAUUUUUUUGUUAUAGAUUAUCAGGACCCUAGAUGGUAAUUUGUCUGCAAAUUUUAAAUUAUGCAACUUGUAUUAAAACAUUUUGUGAAUUAAA